UUGCUAUGUUGCCCAGGUUCAUCUCAAACUCGUGGCCUCAAAUGAUCCUGCUUCAGCCUCCCAAUGUGCUAGGAUUCCCGGAGUAAGCCACCACUCUCGGCCACCAGUUGGGUUUUUGUCUCCAUCCUGAAGGAGUGGGAGAUGCCCUUCAGCAGGUCUCUGUCCAUCAGGGCCCUCCUGAGGAAGGCGUGGCUCUGCAGGGUGGGUGCCAGUCCUGAGCUGAGGGCAGUCCCCUGCCCUCCUCUCUGGGAAGCUGACCUCAGCCAGAGGUCUCUCCUGGUGGUGCCCCUGAGCAGCAACCUGAUUUCUGUCCCCAGCUACCUGGCUAAUGACAUGGAGGAGGACAAUGAGGCCUCCAAACGAAACAUCUUCUACUUCCUGUACGGGAAGAACCGAUCCCAGAUACCCUUGUUCCAUAAGCUUCGGUUCCAGUUCUUCUGUUCCAUGCGCUGCAGGGCUUGGGUUUCCCUGGAGGAGUUGGAGGAGGUGGGUGGGGCGUGGGGAGGUGGAGGAGGUAGGGAGGAAUCGGGUGGGCUGGAGGCUGGAAGCGGGGGGAGGGGUAUCCUGGGGAGUCCCCAUCUUCUUAAGGGGCAUUUGUUUUUCCAGAUCCAGGCUUAUGACCCAGAGCACUGGGUGUGGGCACGAGAUCGCGCCCGCCUUUCCUAGAGCACCAGGGACCAUGGAGGCCUGAGGUCAUCGGCCUGAGGGAAGGUACAUCUGCAUCCUCCAGGGUAAAGGCAGAAUAUUGGGGUCUAUUUCGGAAAUCCAAGGAACCCAAUUGCUUGAUCCGGCUUCGAGCCUGGGCAACAUGGCGAGAUCCCCUCUCCACAAAAAUACAAAAAUUAGUCAGGCGAUGUGGGAGG